AUGAAGUUGCCGUCGAAGCCACGCAUGUUAUGGAAGAAGGUGAUGACUUUGCAUGGCCUCUCAUCCCCUUCCACUUCUGUAAGGUCUUCCAGGGCCUGGAGGAAGUCCUCGAUGGAAUCACUAUGAAAGAUCUCGUAAUCCUCUUCAGACGACCAGCAGAUUAGGUUGGGCAUAAAUACUCUUUCUUCAGGUACCUGCCCAGGCUAAUUUUGGUCAUUUUAAAUGCAAAACACUGUUCAUAGUAUGUCCCUGGAUACGUUCAAAGCUUCAUAAUAUUAAUGACAAACUUAAAUGGUACACCAAAAAAAACCUUUUUUGAGUGUCAGAGACCUUCUUGUGGGAUUUUUGAGUUAAUCAUUAACCUACGCCUAAUAUUAUAAUUUGCAUCUUUCUCCUUAAUACUUCAAAGAAAUCUAAAAGCAAAAACGUGCAUAUAUAAAGAUAAAUAAAAGUAAGUUUUCUGUGGUUGGGGAAGACCUUUGUAGAAAAAUCCUUGAAAUUAUUGCAGUGGGACUAAAAAUUAACUUCCAGGGACUGGAACAUUUCGUCAUUUGCAUGAGUGUCUGCCCCCAACCACACAUUUCUUUGUUAUUACCUUACGAAAGAUCCUGCCAAGUUUGGGGGGAAAACGGGCUUUUCGUUGAUUCAUUUGCCAUUCCAUUCAUGACAUUUUUUACAUAAAAGGCAUCUGGAAAGGAAAACUUGAAGCAAAUAUCAAUAAAACAGUGGCUAAAAUGCUUCGUUCCGAUUUUUGCCGCCAUAUUGAAUUGAUUUCCGCUGAUCAAUAGGCCUGAAGACGUAGUUUAGCCUCUUUCUACCCUCCCCCUCACCCUCCCUGAAGUUGUUUUGUUGAUCGGUUGCUAUGGAACAUCAUGCUGGGGCCAAUCACAGCAUGCAUCAUAUCUGGUAAGGCGAGAUGAGCAAUUCGCAAUAUUGGACCAAAGAAGCUAUCGAAACGCGAAAGAAAGAAAUUACUAAAAGAAAAAGCUCAAAAAGCAGUGGGAAGUACACAAAAGUUUGCUUUGGCAGCUAACUGGACGGAGGAGCCAUAGAAGAGCAGUGAUCGUGUGCGAGGUGUUCGCAAAAGAGUGAGCUAUGUCAGUCCUGGGAAAACGAAGUAUUGGUCACAAAAAAGUGUUGAGAAAGAAUUGGUUUCUCGUAACCUAAAGGAUUGUCUUUAUAACAAAUCGGCAAGUUCUACGGAGGAUAACCCAGAUGGUGAUGAUGAAGACUACUGUGAGGACGAUAGAGAUGCUAAAAAGCGAAAGCUACAGUCAUCUGAUGAGCCGGAUGAGUCAUCAGACAAAAACAAAGGCUGUCUUGAAAUCGAGAGGCGAUUGUUUGUCUGCGAGUCCACACAACUUAUGGAUAUGGUGGAACAAAUAAAUAUUUAUUUGAUCGAGUAGUGAGCCAAAUUUUUCACCGUGACAUAACUUCCAUACAUACUUUACAAAUAGUAAGUAAAGACUUUCACAAUGCACGCAAUUCCAACAAUAGUCUGAUUUUAUCCAUGCUUGUUUGCAAAUGUGUAAAUACUCCCUCACUGCCGAGUUUAUUCUGAUAUAUUUAUGUACUGCUAUGGUACAUUUGCUUCUUGUAGGACUUCUAAUCUUUUACUCAUCAUUAUAUGGCUGUGUGUUAUCUAAAGAGCUCACUUAAAUAAUUAAUUUUAGUUGAAGGGUAAAGACCAGUAUUUUGUUCUACACUCCUCAUUUUCCCUUAUUAUACAUACAUACAGUUGCUCCCUAAAAGGGUUUUUCAGCACCAAUAUAGUAUGACCAUGUCAAACAAUUUAUCUGAGAAAUAAAACAAUUCAUCUGAGAUCUAUUUGAAUAGUAAUGAAAUAAACUAUGUUACUUUUCUACAAAAAAAGAAAACUUAUCAGGGUUUAUCUCACUGAAAGAACCUGUGAACUUUUUUUUCGCUAUUGUUUACUUAGCUCUAUUAUUUCACAUCCUUUGCUUUAUUUGUGUUAUGUCAACAGUGAGUUCAACAGGUUCUCAAAUGUACACCAACGAUGACCCACUAAUUACAAACUGUUUUUGUUUUAUACACUAAAAGGGAGAACUACAUUCUUUCAACAGGUUUUCUUGUUGUGUCAAAAGUUGAACCAACAGGUCCUGGGGGGUGCAUGAAUGUUACAUUUGCAUGCAGUGGAUACAAACUGCGUACCGUGAACUUUUGUGGUUCAGCCCUCGUUGAAUGCUCAAAGCGGACAGUUGUUGGACUUGCUCUGGUUGUAGCAUUUUUUAUAACUGGUCAUGGCUAUGCCAAAUUUUCCAGAACAUUAAGGCAGUGUCCUGGCAUUAGCUGCAUUUCCCAGAACCCAUACUAUGAAACCAUAAAGUUGGUAUAUCCUAAAGUCACGGAGAUUUUGAAUGGAAUGUGUGAUGAAGAGAAAGCAAGGAUGAAAGAAAUGAGCAAUGGCGAGUUGGUCAGCUGA